GACAAUUGCAGUUUGCUUUAGUCAAUUUUUGAUAUUGAAUUAUGAACGACAUACACAUAAGCGUGAACUACAAAGAAAUAAUAUUAUGUGAUCUGAUUGGUCGUGGCUCCUUUUGGGAUGUACGUAAAGGAAUAUUGCGAACUAAUGGACAAGAAAAAGAAGUAGCUGUAAAAACUAUAAACGGAUAUUUUGAAGAGAAUGUGAAUGUCCUUCGAAAAAUACAAAAACAAAAAAAUAUUAUCCAUCAGAAUAUUAUAACACUAUAUGGGGUUAUACAAAUUCUCAGCAACAUAUGCUUAAUUUUUGAGUAUGCAGACUGUGGAACACUCUACAAUUUCUUGCAUCACUCCGAUAAGGACGUCUCUUUCAACGUCAAAUUAAAUUGGAUGAUGCAAUGCGCCAAGGGUAUGGAGUACUUGCACAACAAAAAUAUAAUUCACCGGGGUCUUAAGACGAAGAGUUUGUUGCUCUUUAAUGAAUACAGUGUAUUGAAAAUAAGCGGACUUCAUACAAGUACGGAAGUCACUACAAUAAAUACCGAAAUAGUGGGGACACUUUGUAUGGCUCCGAAAGUGAAAACCACAAAUGGAGAUUGCAAUGCAAAGUGUGAUCUAUACAGAUAUGGAAUAAUAUGUUGGGAGCUAAUGUCAGAGAAGAAACCAUUUUACGAAUUGGACAACAUGCAUCCAUCAGAUAUUAAAACGAAAAUUGAUAAUGGUCGUCGUCCGAAUAUAAAUGAUGCCAAUAUUCAUGAUGAGUCUGGUUGCAUUGGACAUAUAAUUGAAAAGUGCUGGGAUCAAGUUCCAGAAAACCGACCAAUGAUGCAAGAAAUUUGUGUUCUUCUUCCUAUGAAUCCACUAGCUAAUACUAACGUAGACUUCAAAGAGAUUGAACUAGGGGAACUUAUUGGACAUGGCAGUUAUGGUAUCAUUCACAAAGCAAUCUGGAAACUUCUCGAUGCAAAAAACAUAUCAGUUGCUGUGAAAAUAAUUAAAAACAGGAGUCAAAAUUCAGUGCAAUUUGAAAAAGAUGUUUAUAAGGAAAUUCAGAAUCUAAGAAAAUGUAUUCAUCGGAAUAUUGUCACAUUAUAUGGAGCCUCAAAAGAUUCGAGCAACAACAUUUACUUACUCCUUGAGUACACAGAUUGUGGAUCACUCUAUGAUUUUUUGCAUCACUCACUCAAGGAAGUUUCAUUCAACGUGAAGCUUGAUUGGAUGCUGCAAUGUGCCACGGGUUUGGAGUUCUUGCAUAAAAAUAAUACAAUUCAUCGGGAUCUUAAGACGAAAAACUUGUUACUUUUCAAUGAAUAUCGUACAUUGAAAAUUUGUGACUUUGGAAGAGUGAAAGAAUUUGCAAAUUACAGUAGUGAUUUAAUGGAAUCAGUUUGUUAUAUGGCUCCUGAAGUUUAUAACGAAAAUGGAAAAUACAAUAAAAUGUGUGAUAUAUUUAGCUUUGGAAUAAUUUUUUGGGAAGUAUUAUCUAGGAAGAAGCCGUUUUACGAAUUUAAUGAAAUGCAACCGGUGGAUAUCAAAACUAAAAUUAUUAAUGGUAUACGACCGAACAUAAGUGAUGCGAAUAUUAAUGAUGGCUCCGGUUACAUUAAAUUAAUAAUUGAGAAGUGCUGGGAUCAUACUUCAGAAAAUCGACCGACAAUGAAGGAAUUGAAUGAUCUUCUUCCUAUAUUUCCUCUUUAUCCACUUGAUUACCAAUUGGUAAAAUUUGAGGAGCUUCAGCUUGUCGAUGUGAUUGGACAAGGAAGCUAUGGAGAUGUCCAUAAAGCAAUUUGGAAGCAUCCCAAUACGAAAGAGAUAUUUAUUGCUGUGAAAAUGAGUAAAGUCGUUAGAUCACUAACCGAGAAGAUUAUGUCCGCAAAAUAUGUUUUUCGAGAAAUGCAAAAUCUAAAAAAAUGUAUUCAUCCAAAUAUUGUUACAUUGCACGGUGUCACUAAGGACCGUGACAAUCAAUUUUGCUUACUUCUUGAGUAUGCAGAUUGUGGAACACUCUACAAUUUCUUGCAUAAUUCGGAUCUCGAUUUCGAAUUCAACAGAAAGCUUGAUUGGAUGCUGCAAUGUGCCACGUAUUUACACAGAAACCAAAUAAUUCUUCUGGAUCUUAAGACACGCAACCUGAUGCUUUUCAAAAAAUUUCGUGUACUAAAAAUAUGUGGAUAUAAAAUCGCCAAAAUAAACUCUGAACUUGUGGGGACAAUUCGUUAUACAGCUCCAGAAAUAUUUAUCACAAAUGGCGCUGCCAAUAAAAACUGCGAUGUAUAUAGCUUUGGAAUCAUAUUUUGGGAAGUCAUGUCUAGGAAGAAGCCAUUUUACGAAGACGGUGACAUGCACAUGUUAGCUAUCCAAAAUAAAAUUAAUCAUGGUCUUCGUCCGAAUAUAAAUGAUGCCAAUAUUCAUGAUGAGUCUGGUUGCAUUGGACAUAUAAUUGAAAAGUGCUGGGAUCAAGUUCCAGAAAACCGGCCAACGAUGCAAGAAAUUUGUGUUCUUCUUCCUAUGAAUCCACUAGCUAAUACUAACGUAGACUUCAAAGAGAUUCAACUUGGGGAACUUAUUGGACAUGGCAGUUAUGGUAUCAUUCACAAAGCAAUCUGGAAACUUAUCGGUGCAGAAAACAGAUCAGUUGCUGUGCAAAUAAUUCAAAACAGGAGUCAAAGUUCAGUGCAAUUUCAAAACGAUGUUUAUAAUGAAAUUCAGAAUCUAAGAAAAUGUAUUCAUCGGAAUAUUGUCACUUUAUAUGGAGCCUCAAAAGAUUUGAGCAACAACAUUUACUUACUCCUUGAGUACACAGAUUGUGGAUCACUCUAUGAUUUUUUGCAUCACUCACUCAAGGAAGUUUCAUUCAACGUGAAGCUUGAUUGGAUGCUUCAAUGUGCCACGGGUUUGGAGUUCUUGCAUAAAAAUAAUACAAUUCAUCGGGAUCUUAAGACGAAAAACUUGUUACUUUUCAAUGAAUAUCGUACAUUGAAAAUUUGUGACUUUGGAAGAGUGAAAGAAUUUGCAAAUUACAGUAGUGAUUUAAUGGAAUCAGUUUGUUAUAUGGCUCCUGAAGUUUGUGUAAAUUUUUCGCAGAACGAAAAUGGGAAAUACUAUAAAAUGUGUGAUGUAUUUAGCUUUGGAAUAACUUUUUGGGAAGUAUUAUCUAGGAAGAAGCCAUUUUACGAAUAUAAUAAUGUGCCUUCGGUGGUUAUCAUAAAAAAAAUUAUUGAUGGUUUUCGACCGAAAAUAAGUGAUGCAAAUAUUAAUGAUGGCUCCGGUUACAUUGAAUUAAUAAUUCAGAAGUGCUGGGAUCGUCUUCCAAAAAAUCGGCUGACCAUGAAAGAAUUGUGUGCUCUUCUCCCUAUAUUUCCUAUUUGUCUUCUAGAUAUCGGAAUUGUAAACUUAGAAGAGGUUCAGCUUGGUAAAUUUAUUGGACGUGGAAACUCAGGAGUUGUCCACAAAGCAAUUUGGAAGCUUCCCGAUGCGGAUGAAAAAUCAAUUGCUGUAAAAAUAAUUCAAUAUCAUAAUGUUGAUUCAAUAACGGAAAAUAUUAUAUUUGCAAAAAAUGUAUUUCGAGAAAUACAGAUUAUAAAAAAAUGUAUCCAUCGGAAUAUUAUCGCAUUAUACGGAGUAUCGAAGACUCCUGACAAUAGGUUUUAUUUACUUCUUGAGUAUGCAGACUGUGGAUCACUACAAAAUUUCUUGCAUUAUUCGAAUGAAAACGUUUCAUUCAAGAAGAAGAUGGAUUGGAUGCUGCAAUGUGCCACGGGUAUAGAAUUCUUGCAUAGCAAAAAUAUAGUUCACCGAAAUCUUACUACGCAUAACUUAUUGCUAAUGAAUAAUUAUCAUACAUUGAAAAUAUGUGACGUUGGAACUAUGAGUAAACUUUCAACAAGCUAUACAGAACACAUUGGCACAAUUAGGUAUAUGGCUCCUGAAGUAUGUAAUUCUAAUGACAAAUAUACGAAAAUGUGUAACGUAUUUAGCUUUGGCAUAAUUUUUUGGGAAGUGAUGUCCAGGAAGAAACCGUUCGAAGAAUUUAUAAAUAUAAAUCCAUUAGAUUUACAACGUAAAAUUAUUAAUGGUGAUCGGCCGAAUAUAAAUGAAUUGAACAUUUUCAAAUAUUCCAAUCGUAUAAAGUCAUUUAUAGAAAAAUGCUGGAAUCACGAUCCAAAAAUUCGACCUACUACAGAUCAACUGUUUAAUUUUUUCAAGAAUACUGAGCUGCACAACUGUGAACUUUGAAAUCGCAGUGUAUAUUAAUAUAUAUUUGUAUAUAAUUAUAUAUAUGCAACCUUUUGCAAAAUUUUAUAAUUAUGUGA